AUGGAAAAGUAUUCAAGAUGGAGAGAUCCAGGCACAGGAAUUCACGCAUUCGUGCCUCCCGUACCAUUACGGGGUGAUAGGAAUGGCUUCCAAACAUUCACAUCAAUAGCGAAAUCAUACAUAUUGGGACCGCCGUUGGCUUUUAUCAAGCUUACUGUUGCAAUGAUUCUUGUUGUUGUUUUCGCACUUUUGGAGCUUGUUGGUCAAAUGCUGGCUCCCAUUACUCUGAUACAACGUGCAUAUACCAGGCUCGUAAAUUUUGUAUUGCUGAGAAGUCUGUUACUUUUGCUUGGAUUUUAUUGGAUCAAGUCUGAGAACGUCACUGUCAAGAAGGGAGCUAGAAGGUCAUCUUCUAGAACGCAACCAACACGUCAGUCCGUACAAGCUGGAGACAUCAUUGCUACAAAUCACACUUCGUACCUUGAUGUCUUGUAUCUAGGUGCCAGAUAUGCACCAAUGUUUGUCACUCCAACUCAAACACCAGGGCAAGUAACUGUUGAAACAAUAUGGAGUGCUUUCGCCAGAAGCAUUCGGUCUCCACCAUUACCUGAAACUGGACUUCGAUUAUCCGAUGUUGUCAAGACUGCUAAAAGUAAUGGUUGCUCUGUUGCCGUGUUUCCUGAAGGUACCACAUCAAACGGUCGUGGAAUACUAAGAAUGACUAAAGUAUUUCAUGGGUUGGAGCCUGAUAAAGUUCGCGUUCAUGUUAUUGGGCUAAAGUACGAAUAUGAAGAUUUUGCACCAACAUUCACAGUUGGUAAUUUUAUACCUCAUGUGUUUUUCUUGGCUUGCCAGUGGAUAAACACUCUAGAAGUCAGAUAUCUAAUAAGUGAAGAAGUACAAGAUUUACAUACAACUCUCCCUGCCAAUAUGACCCUCAACCCCGAUGAAGGAGUCAUGGGAACGCAGAUAGCUAGUUUACUCAAUCAUGCGACAAGAUUGAGACAAACUUCAUCAUUGGGUGUCAAAGAAAAGCUAGAAUUCAUUGCUUAUUAUACAGAACGAGAACGCAAAACACGUAAAAGCUUGUAA